AACUCAGACUGACGUGGCGAGCGCCGGGCAUACAAAGAAAGAUGGCGGUCGUUUCGUGGGCAUCGGUAAUUUUAGUCUUUUUCGGGUUAGAUUUAGCCCAGGGCCUCUAUUUCCACAUGGGAGAAACAGAAAAGAAGUGUUUCAUAGAGGAAAUUCCAGACGAAACAAUGGUUAUCGGUAAAUACAAGACACAGUUAUAUGAUGAAAACAUCAGAGAUUUCCUUCCAUCCAGUCCUGGUAUAGGAAUGCAUGUGGAAGUGAAAGAUCCCAACAUGAAAGUUAUUCUAUCUAAAUAUUAUGCAUCAGAGGGAAGAUUCACUUUCACCUCACAUUCACCUGGUGAACAUCUUAUCUGUCUUCACUCAAAUUCUACUCGAUGGUCUUUGUGGGCAGGAGGAAAGCUGCGCAUUCAUUUGGAUAUUCAAGUGGGUGAACAUGCCAAUGAUUAUCAAGAAAUUGCUGCCAAAGACAAACUUACAGAACUCCAGCUUCGUAUUCGUCAGCUGUUAGACCAAGUAGAACAGAUAAGCAAAGAGCAGAACUAUCAGAGGUUUCGUGAGGAGCGGUUUAGAGCAACCAGUGAAAGUACCAACCAGCGUGUACUGUGGUGGGCUCUGGCACAAACUUUGAUACUCCUUGUCACUGGAUUCUGGCAGAUGCGUCAUCUAAAGGGAUUCUUUGAAGCAAAGAAACUAGUUUAAAGAAAUUAUACAAGUUGUUUUAAUUUGGGCUGAAGGACAGGAUCCAUUGAGCUCUCUUUUACUGCCUGCUCCUUAUGUGGAUAUCAUUUGCAUGGCUUUCUAUUAUCUCAAGAUGAUAAAAUUCAUCAAAGAGGCUUGAAGACAACAUCACAAAUGGAUUUAAUUACUUUUGAUUUCACUUUUGUUAUUACCUUAUAGAAAUUUGUUAUUUCUUGCUUAAUCCUUUAACUCCCAUGAGUGACCAACACAGAAUUUCUCCUUACAAUAUCAAUACAAUAUCAAGCAGGCAGGUGAUGAGAAUAGAGAAGAAUAUCAAUCAUGGGAUUAUUAGUUGAUCCAAUACUAAAUUCUCUGAACUAACAUCAUAAAAUAUUGUAUGGCAGAUAGUAAGGAGAAUUACUAAUCAGAUCUUGGGAGUGAAAGGGUUAACCUGAACUUGUCAUAAUUAAUCUUUUUGGCCCUUUUCUUCUGGCCUCAACAAGAGCUUAGUAUUUAUCUUUUUGUUUAUCACCCUGGAAAUACAGUCUGGUUUUGAUAGCCUUUUACUAAUGGUCAAAAGAGACAUUUCACAUAGUGAAGUACUAUAAAUACAGUUUCCAUUUAAUUGAAGUUAAGUCAUAAAUUCCUUGAAGUGAUCACUACAGCUUUUCCUCAUUUUUUUGAAUGCAACAUCCGGCAAACAGGGCUCGUGGAAAUACAAGCAUACUAGAUGGAGAGUGUUUCAUAGAUAAAGAAAAAUAUUUCCUCAAAUAAAUAGCACUGACAGUUUAAGUGUUAAAACAAAAUUUAAAGGGUGAAUGGUUUGCUGGUGUGUCUCUACUAGCAAUAAGAUCAUGGUUCAUCAAAAUGUGGAUAGCACUACAGAGAUUUAGCCAGAUCUUUGAUGACUAUCGUUGGCAUUGACUGGAAAAGUUUUUUUUUCUGUGGUGUACAUUGUAGCAGAAUGUUCCUCAGCCUAUUGCCUCUUGUCUCUACUAGUUGUUUUUUUAAAGAGUAUAACUUUUCCUCUGUCCGACUGAAAAUAUUUGAUGGUUAUGAUCUUGGUUUUAGAGUGCUGCUCAAAUUUAGUUAUACUGGUCUUUACCUAGGAUAAUUUUUCAUAGGAAUUGAAAUAUUUUACCUUAAUUUGCUGUCAUGUUUCUUAAUAAAGAAAUAAACUUCAUGAUGUAUUA